AUGAACACUCUCACUCUACUCUCUCUUCUAAUCACUGUUUCAGUUUCUCUCUCUAACGUCGACCACUGUCACGGUGGCGGCGAUGGCGGUGGCCACCCAAGUGACGGUGGUUUUACCGUUGAUCUUAUUCAUAGAGACUCUCCGUUAUCCCCUCUAUACAACCCGACAUAUGGUCGAUCGGAACGUAUUCAAAAUGCUUUUCUUCGGUCCGUUUCUCGAGCUUCUCGUAUUUUGAAAAGAGCGUAUGUUUCCGCGAUAGAUGCAAAUAUUUCUGCGAUCACCGGAGAAUACAUAAUGCGUAUCGGGAUCGGGAAUCCACCUGUAGAAGUUGUUGGAAUUGCUGACACGGGGUCCGAUAUCACGUGGGCCCAGUGUCAGCCUUGCAAGAACUGCUACAAACAAGGGGCCCUCCCUUUUCUCAAACCCAAUGCUUCAUCGACUUAUCAUGUCGAAUCAUGUCAAUCGAAGGCUUGUGAAGCCUUAGGCAACGAUCGAUUAGCGUGUAGCGCGGAAAACGUGUGCAAGUACGGACUUAGAUACGGUGACGGAUCCUACACGAACGGAGACCUUGGUAACGACACUUUUUGGAUUGGAUCAACCCCGUUGAAAAACGUGGUUUUUGGUUGCGGUCACGAUACUAAUGGCACGUUUACCGAGGAAGCCUCCGGGAUUAUCGGCCUUGGUGGUGGCCCACUUUCGAUAAUUAACCAAUUAAAAGACACCAUUCAGGGGAAAUUCUCCUACUGUCUGGUUUCAGCGCUCACCAAACGUUCAAACGCGACGGGCAAGAUUCACUUUGGCGAUCAUGCCGUCGUCUCGGGACCCGAUGUCGUUUCGACUCCCCUUAAGAGGAACAUUCCCGCUACUUACUACUACGUUGUGUUGGAACAUGUGUCGGUCGGAAAAAUUAAGUUGCCGUACAAGGUUAACACCACUUUUAUGAAGAAAAUGGGAUUGGACACGGAGAACAUCAUCAUCGACUCGGGUACAACAUUGACCAUAGUGGCCCAAGAAUUCCAUGACGACUUAACCGCGGCUCUAAGCAGGGUCAUCGGUGAUGAGACCGUGCCGGACCCACAAGGGAUGUUCGACUUUUGUUAUAAGGACCUGGACCUCAGUCGGGUCCCAACCAUAACUUUCGGUUUCACCGGAGCGGAUGUCGAGUUUCCACGAGAGAACGUAUUUAUCGAAGUGCAGAAAGGGGUGAGUUGUUUGACGAUUGUACCCUCGGUAGGUGUUGGGAUAAUUGGGAAUUUGUUACAGCAAAAUUUAUUGGUAGGGUUUGAUUUGGUAAAUAACAAGGUUUCUUUUAGGCCUACUGAUUGCAGAAACCAUAAUUAA